AUGGAAGGAAGAAACAGAUCAUUGCUUAUCAUAAAUAAGUCCAGCGGGGCUCAUCUCAAACUCUGCUUCAUGCCGCACACAUCAAAGGAAAUCAAGCCAAAUGGUAAGCUGUUUUACACCAGCGAAUGGGGGUGCAAGCUCGAGUUAGCCGCAGUGUUAAAAGAUCCAAAGCAACCGAAAAAGGUUCUUUUAAAACCACAUCAGUGGGUUCGGAAAAAAUAUGUAAGGAUCACGGAAUCUCUCGACGUAAUCGAGGAUGACCUUUCUAAUUAUGCAGAAGAAGAGAAAGAGGGUCUCCGAAAAAUAAACAGGGAUAAAGAGCUAGGAUUGACGUCUGAUGGGCGGCGCAAUUUUUACCACAUUUUGAGGCUAGAUAUGGACGAAGUUCGUAAAAUGUCACAGAAUAAUCAGGAUAAAGAAAUUGCGAGGGCGUUCCUCAGCGAGUUGCAGAUUUGGCAUCCUGAUCAUAAUGAAGAUGGUGAUGUUGCCAUGGUCCGUGAGUUGAUAAUGGCGUACAGCAUUUUAAAAGAUCGAGAAAAACGUGCACGGUACAACAACUUGGCGGACUACGACAAAGGGUGGCUGUCGGGCAAACGAUUCAAAGCUGUGUUUUGGUCUGAGUGCGAGACCGUUGCUCAAAGGCUGGCAUGGAUGAAGAGAAUGGGUCUCCUUGCUUUAUCGGCUGGUCUUACAAUCGGAGUAGUCGUAACAAUUGUUUUAACCGCGGGUCUAUCAUCUCCUUGGUCACAAUGUGCUGUCAAAGGUGGUUUCGAUUCUUUACGCGAGUCUAUUAGCAAGGAGGCAGUCCUGGAUGGACGUGAUGUUCAAAAGCAUCUCAUUUCAACAGGUGCUGGAUAUCUCCUUGCCUUUCUUCCGGGUGGAGCGGCCAUAGGAGCAUCCCUUGUGCAGUCUGCAGCACUUUCAGCAAGCGAGUUCUUAGGAAUAAGAAUUGCCAUUGCCACUGGAUGUGCAACUGUGAAAUCUCUGCGCAUAGAUGCGAAGAGUUUCAUGGACGUUGGCAAGAUCACUGCUAAACAGGCAUUCUGUCAUGCUGCUUGUCAUUGCACGGCAGCCGUUGCUGCAAUACUUACAGAACACGCUAUUCCUAAGGAUAUGCGCCUUGAUAUUGCUGCUGAAACAAAUUCAAAUCUUGAGAUUGCAGCGGAAGAGAUGGCGAGCAGGGUCUAACCGAUCAAGCAAAGUCAAGCCUUUUGAAGCGAAUUCCAGUCCCUUUAACCAAAAACGUCACGAAAGUCAUUACUGAAAAAGCUGGGCAGUUACUCACGGCUGAGAAGCACUCAGAUGAUACUGAAGCGGACCUUCCAGAGGCGGAGAUUUUCUCCCUACCUGAUGACGUGGUUCUGGAGACAGCGUUUGAGCUUAAAGCGCUUGCAGAGAAGUCCUUACAGCAUGACAAUUUGGAAGAUCUAAGCUUUGAAGAAGGCAACGUAGAUGGUUCAGAAUGCACCCAGGACGACGCUGAGGUGCAUUUGACUGACGAACAGUCAAACAAUGGUGCUAUUGUCAUGUACUUAUGUAAUGGUUGGUGGUAUUCGGGAUUAUCCAAGAUGAUUAUGAGUUACCUGCUAACCAACGAAGAGCUUACAAAGAAAGUGAGAGGGAAUGGAAAGCAAGUAAAAAUCCCAUACAAUGCGAGGGAAAUGAAAGUGCGUUUCAAAAUAUGGCGACCCACCUCCGGCUGGGGUGACGUUUUUAAAUAUGAUCGUUUGAAAAGAUGCUGGUGUGAGCCGGACGAGCCACAUGUAUUCCACUACCCAACACCAGUGACUCGCACGUUUACCAUCGAAGGUACUCUGUAGUAGGAAGCGGUGAUGAAAGUAACAGACGAACAUCACAACGAAAAAGACAUGUAA